AUGCAGCCGGCCGCUAUGUUUCCAUUUGGAGGCCUCCUCCUCCUCCUCCUCCUCCUUCAAACAUCCUCCUCCUCCUCCUCUCCUUCGCUUUUCCCUUGUGUUUCCUCUUCCAAGUCAUCUCCUCUCAGUCCGUCUCGCGACCUCUUAGGCUUCGCCAUCAUGCCCAAUGCUGGUGAUCGCAAGGACUGUCGUGGUCGAGGUCAAUCUGCGUGUGGGGGAAGAGCAGGACUCAUUCGAGCAGCUCGAAGGACAGCAUACCGUGAUGAACUCGGAUUUGCUGUCCCAGGUGUGGCCCAGAGGUGUUUGAUCGCUCGCAGGGCUACCAACUUGAAGGAAGGAGAUCGCCAAACGCUCGCUGACCUGGAGCGGAAGAUCGGGAGGGAGGUGCAGUCAGACGGAAAGCAUGAGGACCAGCUUGAUUAUCUUGAGGAGCUUUGUACAAGCAAUGUGGCCAUGAAUCCCUGGAAUGAACUGUUCCGCAACCUCGCUAAGAACGAAGAAUUCAUCUCGGAGUAUUGGUCUAAGAAGCCCUUCAAGUUCGAUGCGGUGAUCCCUUUUGCAAAAGAAUGCUUCAGCAUGAGCGAUCUUGAGACACAGUGCACAGACAGUUUCUAUCCAGCAACGUAUGCCGGGACGGCUGUCCUGACAUUGGAGAAUGGCGGGUGGAUGAUGUCGAAGUUUGGACCGGAGAUGAACGAUGCAAACAACAUGGCGCCCUUGGACUUCGACAGUAUCAAGGAGCAGAUGCAGAAGGAGUCCCUCAAGCCUUCCUCCGCACCUCUGCAUACGGACAAGCAAGACGUGAUUGCGAUCCAAGCACAGGGUAGCAAGAGGUGGAGGAUAUACAUGCCUCCUCAUCCCGCAAACAAAGUGAUGCAAGAUCCUUUCACGCGCGGAAAGGGAAAUGACGUCUUGACGUUCGAAGAGCUCGAGGAGCCGCUCCUUGAUGUCGUCCUAGAGCCAGGGCAGAUGCUCUAUGUCCCAGCUGGAUACCCGCACGUGACCGACACUGUCAACGGAGUGAAGACGAAGGAGGAGUCCAUCCACCUCACGCUGGGCGUUGACACGCACGUCUGGGAUCUGAACUUCGCGUGCAUGCGCGCGUCUGCUCUGUCGAGAAAGAAGCUCCCAGUGCUGAUCGAAGGAAGUUUUGACGUCAACAAGCUGGAACGUGACCAGUGGCUCUCGCUCCAUGCUCCUCUUCCUCUUGGCUUCUCGUCCCUUCCCAUCCUGUCCCUCACGGAUGGCUCGAAAGAAGGUAAGGGAUGA